AUGGCCAUGGCACAGGCCCAAGCGGUGAAGGAGGCAACAACUUCGAAACUCAUUCCAGUCGACGCGGAAUCAAAACGGCUGAUCGACUGGAUGGAGAAAGGGGUGUACGAUGCCUUGAAGAACAAGUACCUGAAAAGUCUGAUAUUUGCGAUCUGUGACAGCGAUUCGGCUACAGAUAUGCUCGAGUCUUACUCAAUGAGCUUCGAAUAUGGAGAGAAUGGUGAAGUUGAGAUGAAGCUGGGCGAUGAUCGCUCUGGGAAGAUUUUCAACACGAGCGACAGUCAGGAGCACAUGAAAGGUGGAGCUUGCCGACUUGUCAGGCAGUUGUGUUCGCUUAUGCGGACGCUAGAAGCAGUUCCGGAGAACCGUACUCUCAUCAUGAAGCUUUACUAUUACGACGACGUCACGCCAGAGGACUACGAGCCACCCUACUUCCGUGCUGCGAGCAGCGGAGACAAGCUUUCGUUCGCCAAAAUGCCACUGAACAUCAAGGUGGGGGCACUCGGCAGCCGACAUCAUAAGAUUGCGCUCAAGAUCAAGAGCCUGUUGGAUCCGGACUGCCCUGAGCAGAAUAACGGUGCCGCUUCUGAAAGUAUGGGCGAGAUUCAGGGCGAAGAAGAGGAAUCGGACGACGAGAACUUUGCGGAGGAACUCGAAGACGAUUACCGGAUGGGAGCAGAAUCGAUCGCUGAACAUGUCAAGAAAAUGGACGACGAUGGGGCUCAAACUGACAUGAAGCGACAAGCAGGCCACUCGUCGAUCGGGGAAGAAGCUGACAACCUGCAGCUUAAAACGGAGGCUUCGGAUAGCCUCAAGACGUGGAUCAAGAACCGAAGGACGUCGACCUUCGACUUCAACGAAGUGCUUUGCGAGUUUCCGGAGCUUUCUGCCUCCAUAUUGGAAGAGAAAAAAGGUCCAUUGGAGAAGGGCGAAUGCUCCGCUGAAGAGUCCAUGUAUACGAAGGCUCUAUACCACGCUCUGCCAAUGCAAUACGUCACCAUUGCAAAGCUGCACAACAAGCUGGGCAAAGAUGUCACACAGGCGAAAACCAAGACACUUGUAGAGCGCAUGGCCGCAGAAGGCUACAUCGAGGAGACUCCAACCAACAGGCGCAUGGGACGACGAGUUCUGCGGAAAGAAAUCGACAAGACGAAGCUGCAGAAGGCUUUUACAGCCUUGACCGUGGGUCAACCCGACAGCUUACCGAACGAAGAGAAGCAGGAUGCGAUUUUGAAUGUCAAAGCUGCGGAACCCAACCCCUCCACUGUCGGAGGUCUCCGUUCACUUGGCUCUGAAGCAACAAGGCAACAGGCCGCUGCUCCCGACCUGAGUAUCCAGACAGACGGACAACCACUCAAGAAGACCGAGAGCGGCAAGCCCGACAAAUCCGAACGGCCUCCUCCUGUUCCCUCUCGUCCUGCUGCAAGCACUUCCAAGCCAAGGACAAAGGCCAAAAGGCCCCCAACCGAGUUCGUGUUCAUGGACAGCCAGGAGCCUGCGAAUGAGAUCCUCCGGAAAGCAAGCGUCGUAGCUGAUCCCAUCUACCAGUCCACGAAGAGGUUCCGCUCAGAACCGUAG